ACGGAUGGCAACCAUUUAUGACUGCAAGCACAACCGAAAUCAGCAAAGACAAUAUACAUAUAUAGUAACACUUAUAAAUAAAUAUAAAAAUCACAAGCAACCUAAAGUUGGAAUCAGUUUGUCCCAUAAUUUCUUUCUCAAACACUUUCAUUAAAUCUUUUGCAAAAGCAAACUCAGUGAAAACAUAUCACGGCUUAAUUAUAUUAGCAAAUUUUAUUGACUGGGCUUAGGACCACUGGCUUUCUUUGCGUGAAGUUCCUAAUUGCUUUUUAAUCAAAUGCCCCACUUGCCGUUGGUAUAAAACUGACAAUCGAGCUGCCCAAAAGUCAACAGAUCCAAAAUGAACAGCUCAAGCAACAAACUCAUCGGUUGUCAGAUUAAAAUCGCCCUUAUUGUUGGCCUUUUGGUCUCCUUGGCCUGGACACUUCCUGUCGACGAUGAAAAGAAGACACUUCCAGCCAAAGAUGAGGGUGUGAGCAUUGAAGCAGCCCCGGUGGUGGAGGACACCAAGGAAGACCUGGGACAACUACGCUUCCCGCCUUUCGACAACAAUGGAACUGGAUUUUUCGAAAGAUUCGGUGAAAAGUUCAGACAUAAGAAGUCUACAACUACGACAACUACUACCACGACCACGACCACUACAACAAGACGUCCAGCCGGAAAAUAGGAGCCCAAAGGGGCAAUACCCACCAUCACAUAGAUGAUUUCCGUCGACUUUAUAUAAAUAUUUAUUCAAAUCGAACUACUUUGAUUUAUUUUUA